AUGUCCCGCCUCUUCAUCAUUUCUUUUGUAGAAGAAUUUACACGGUUUCUCUUUAUCUUUUCCUCCUUCUCUCCUCAUCUUCCUCUUUCUGGGUUUAUCUUCUUCUUUUCUUCCUUUGUUUCUCAUGGAAAAUCUUCCCGGAUCCUCCCUUCUGCCACUGAGUAUCAUCAACUAGAGAUCACAUCUGGUUUAACUUCCCUAGAAGGUGUAGAGUUUCCUUCACCUGGCUCCAGUAUCUCAUCCCCUACCUCUGGCAAGAUUGGGGUUUAUUUGAAAACCCUAGAUGCUGGCAUCCGUUUUCAUCUGACGGAUUUUCAAGAAGAGGUCUUCCAAAAAGAUGGUUGCAGUCUCCAAAUGUUGACUCCCAAUGCAGUCAACAAAGUGGUUCUGUUUGAAAUGAUCUGCAGAGCUAACGGGUAUCUUCCGUACUACUUCGUUUUCAAGUUUUUCUUCCGAUUCAGCGUCACUGGAAACAAAUGUACCUUUUCAGUCCGACGAGGGGGGCAUGCCCCGGUUCCUGACGGGCGAACCCCUAAGAACUGGCAAGAUAAAUGGUUGUGGGUGAAGCACGAGUUGGUCGGAAGUGGUCGGUACCGUGCGAAUGCUUUUGCUGAUACCAUCCCCAAACUCUUCCCUCAUAACCAAGGUGUUGCUGACUACCUGAAGAGUGUGCAAGCGUUCUACUUCGCCUAUGUCGUCUUCUACACGCUAAGUGUCGACACUGGGUGCUCUUAG